UUUCCUUCUCAUCUCCAAACCCACCGUGAAUGAGCCACUCUCAACUAUCGCAAGGGAUCUCUGAUUAUUUUGGCCUCUACUACUACACCCAUAGAGCAUUCUCCUUCUCAAUAGCUCUAUCACUCCCAAUCAUGGCCUGUCCACUCACCGUCAGCAAAUUCGUGGGCACCGUCUCCCUCGGUCUUCUAACAGGCCUCUCCUACUCUGCCUCAACCGUAACCAUCCCAUCUCUAUCUCUCCUCCCGACCUCCGCCAACGCCUCCCGCUCUCUUCGCGAAGUAAAGCGCCUAAAUCGCAAGCACGGGCUGCGUCUCACCAACGUCGCCAAUGGCUGUCUUCUCUUCGCAUACUGCGCCUCCCCGAAACACCGCAAACACCCGUACCUGAUCUGGAUGGUCGCCACCUCGAUCACGGGCACCUACGUCGCGGACUACUUCUUCCACCGGUCGAUGGGCUUCAAGGCGUGGAUCCAGAGUUUCGUCCAGGAUGUCGGCUGCGCGUCGUUCGGUCGCAAAAACGUCCAGAAGAAGGAGGAGGAUCUCGUCGUCGUGGAGGCGGAAGAGAAUGUUAAUGGCGAGAGUGUUCAGCGCGAGAUGGAUACGGAGCGGAGAUUCCAGCGUGUGCGCGCCGUCUUCUCGGGUCUUGCGCUUGCAAUGGGUAUUGUUGGGCUUUGGGGGGAUAGAAAAUAGAUUGGGAGGUUUUGGUUUGUUUGCAUGGCCACGUGGGGGUUUUUAUUUAUUUUUUUAAUUCUUGGAUUUGAUGGGGGCUUUGUAUACCUGGGUAGCGGUGUAUCUCCUCUCUGUAUUUUCUUUUCGUUUGGCUCAGGGCGAUAACUCUAUAAUAUAUGUUAUGUAUUUUGUCAGCGCAAUGACAUUGCUGGGAUCCAAUAUAGUCCGUAUAUCAUUC